CCACGUCUGCGCUGUGUGAUGGGGAGUCGCGUUAAACUUAUCUGCUGUUUGUUUUGACACUCCAGCGAAGAGCAUAGGUGGACAUGAAGACCUUCACGGUCGUCGUCAGCCAGUUGUGCACGCCUGCUCGGUAAAAGCACAGUCCCGUUUCUUUGGAUAGAAAUAGUGCACAAGGUGUGUAGAACUUGCUAGUGGGCUAGCUCACCACAGACACAGGUGAUACUGAAGGUGCUGCAUUGUUGACAUUCUGACUAGCGCGACAUGGCGGGAGGCAUCACGGAAACCGGGGAGCUCUACUCCCCCUACGUGGGGAUGGUGUACAUGUUUAACCUGAUUGUGGGCACUGGUGCCUUGACGAUGCCCAAAGCCUUUGCCACCGCUGGUUGGGCCGUCAGCCUGGCACUCAUCUGCAUCCUAGCCUUCAUGAGCUACAUGACGACCACGUUUGUGAUUGAGGCGAUGGCAGCUGCUAACGCUCAACUACGCUGGAAACGCAGAGAACAGGAGGAGGUCACUGAGAGCGAUUCCACAUCAGACUACUCAGAUGAUGAUGUCAUCAUCAGGGGACGGUCGGACCCAGUGGAGACACGGCCCAUCCUGUCUGUGCAGAAUCGUAGUGGAACGGUGGAUCAUUUUGACAUUGUGGAGCGAGUUGAGAUGGGACAAAUGGCCUCCAUGUUCUUCAACAAAG